UUCUAUCAGCUCGGCACUCCGCUCAUCCAGCAGUUUUCGAUAAAAUUCGGUUGCGUGAUAAGCUUACGUGUGUGAAAACAUUCAAUUUAUUUUACUCUCUAGAUCACGUAAAACGUGUUAUUCAUUGAAUUAUCUCGUAUAUCUGCGAGCAAUCAAGUGUAGUCACAAUUACGGGUGUGGAUCGUGAAUAUUUUAUUAGAUUCUAGAAAAAAGUAUCUACUACCUAUUUGAUUUGACAUCUAGCAUUUCGCAAGUUUGACAAAGCUGUUUAUUUGUGUAUGCCGUGAUUGUCGUGUGUAAAUUCGGAGAUAUUGGUGUAUUUAUUAGUGCGUUAGUCUAUAACAGGUGAUGUGGUGAACGAAGUGUCUGUUUUUGUGAAGUUUGUUUGGAAUCGUGAUGUGUUUGUGUCUGCGCUCAGCUCGCUCGACCAUGGUGCGGAAGGGAGAUAGACAAAUCAGCUUUUCCUCAUAAUGGGGUAUUCCUCACCGCGGCCGCGUCGUACCGCCGCCCACCAUGCUGCGUCCGGAGUCGCCCCUCGCUGACCACCGCAGCCUCCUGCCGCGCCGCCUCCUCCCCGUCAAGGCCCAAAUAGCCCCCGCCGACAAACGCAAGAACCGCCGCUCCCUCGAACUCAACCCACCCACCGACUACGAAUACCCCAAGCUCCUCAUCUCCAAAACCACUGACUCACUCAACACAGCGAAAAAGCAAGAAUCCGCUGAUAGCUUGAAGAGACUCCUAAAAGACGAUAAGAAGAAAGUUGUUAAACAGGAUUCCACUGAGAGUCUUAAGAAAGCUUUCUUAAGCAGACAAGACUCCAAUGAUAGUAAGAAGGAGCCUAAGCGGCCGAAGCAGGAUGUCAAACCUGAAGUCAAGCGGGGAAGCGAUAAAAAGGCUUUACUCGAAACAGACAAUUUCGAGGAGACUUGUAAAAGAUUAUAUGAACGCAGGACAGGCGCCGCUCGUCCGACUUUACCCCCCGUAGCUGAGAAAGGGCUCGAAUCUCCAGAAUCUCCAAACAGGAGUCCUUUAACUCCUGGAGUGGCUGCGAUUGCCGAGGGUGUAGUUCGGUGGGGAAGUGGCUUGCUCUCUCCCAAAGAAGAGCCUAGGUUGAGGACGGCUAGGAGUUGGUAUGGAUAUGGGACGCUGCCGACUGAUAGCGAAAAGUUGGGAGCAGGCGCGACGGGCCCCGGGGCCAGGGCGCUGGAACUGAUCCUCAGCGGAGGCCUAAAGUCUCUGGCGAGGCCCGCCCGGCCUGUCCGCAGGGCUGCGUCGCGGGACUCGGUGCUGUCGCAGCCACAGCCGCUACUUGAAGGUCUCCGAAAAUGCUCGACAGUGCUCGCGCUCACCGACCGCGAGAAAGUCACCGAGCCGAUCCGCGCCCAUAACCGUCUGCGGGCGCCCUCCGUCUGCUCCCGAUGCUCCUCGCUGCUGUCCCUGGCCGGCGCCGGAUCCAGAUACUCCCUGGAUGGCGCCGGCGGAGGCUUCGUACCGGCCGCUCCGGUCAACUGCAAGCUUUGCUUGGAAGACGCCGCUCCUGACAAGGUGACCGUCAUCGGCGGCUGCGGCUGCGCGUACUGCACUAAGUGCAUGAAAGCGUACGUGGAGUUCGAAGUGUGCAACGGAGCUUACGAAGUGUCAUGUCCAGACGCUCGGUGCCGGGUGGGCGCAGCACUGGCUCUUGAAGAGAUCUCGCUACUGGUGGACGCUAGCGUCAUGGAGAAGCAUCUCAAGUUCAGGCUUAACCAUGAAGUGGCGAUGGACGCGAACCGCGCCUUCUGCCCCCGCGUCGGUUGCGACACCGUCGUGUCGCUGCGCGCCGCCAGCCCAGCGCACUGCCCGACAUGUCGGCACGACUUCUGCUCGCAGUGCAACCAGGAGUGGCACGGCAGCAUGUCGUGCGAGGCGGCAGCGGCGUCGUCGUCCAUGGCCGGCGCUGGAGCCCCGCUCCUGCCCGACUCGGAGCUCAUCAAACUGUGCCCGAUGUGCCGUGUCCCUAUCGAGAAGGACGAGGGAUGCGCGCAGAUGAUGUGCAAACGGUGCAAGCAUGUGUUCUGCUGGUACUGCCUGGCGUCACUCGAUGAUGACUUCCUGCUCCGUCACUACGACAAAGGGCCAUGUAAGAACAAGCUGGGUCACUCGCGCGCCUCCGUGCUGUGGCACAGAGCACAGGUGGUGGGCAUAUUCGCCGGGUUCGGGCUGCUCCUGCUGGUCGCCAGCCCGCUGCUGUUGCUGGCCGCGCCCUGCAUCGUCUGCUGCAAGUGCAGAUUAUGCAACCCCAGCACGAAAAAUCUCGAAGAAGUCGACGAAAUCGAGAGCAUAAGCCCCGGACGCGAGGGCGACGAGGAAAUAACACGCGCCAGGUACCUCUCCGACUGACGCAAGAAGCGCUCCAAGGAGGGAUCCGGGCGGUGGUAGGCCACUGGCCGUGUGUGGACUUUGUGAGGUGAGCUGUGAUUGGUCAAACGUAGAAGAGGGAAACAGUGAUUGGUCAAACGUAGGAGCGGUGAUUGGCUAAACGUGUCCUGGAAGUUGGAGAAGAAUUUUGACUCGACUG